AUGAAAAUCACCGAUAUCAAAGUCAACCAGCUCCGCAGCUUUAUGAGCGAGGGCAACGACGCCUUCGUGGGCGCGGGCGGGCGCCUCAUAGUGCGCGUCUAUACUGACGAAGGCAUUACCGGCAUCGCCGAAGGCUCACGUGGACUAGACGUAUUUCGGGCAUACCUCGACAGCAUGAUUAAGCCCCUGCUUGUCGGAGAAAACCCCUUGCAGCCCCGCCAGAUCUGGGAGAAGCUCUCUCUCGGCACAGGUCAGCAGGCUACUCGCAUCCCGCCUCAAAUUGCGGGCGCGAUCGACAUCUGCUGCUGGGACAUCAUGGGCAAGGCAGCAGGGCUGCCGGUCUAUGCCAUGCUCGGCGGGGCGCACCGCACCGAGAUCCCCCUCUACUGGAGCCGCGGCAACGGCUGGCGCAAGUCUCCCGGCGAAAUGCUCGAAGAGGUGCAGGAAGGCUACGAGAAGGGCUUCCGCGCCUUCAAGAUUCGAAUGGACUGGCGCGACUACCGGCAGGACAGCAACCCUAGAAACGACUUUGAGAUAUUCAGGGCCGUCCGCGAGUGGCUGCCUGACGAUGUGCCGGUCGGCUUCGAUGCCAACAACGGCUACUCCGUUCCAACGGCGAUUCAACAGGGCAGGAAGUUGGAAGAACUCGGCGUAGCCCACUUCGAGGAGCCGCUGCCCCAGUACGACCUGCGCGGCUUGCGCCAAGUAGUGGAGGCACUAGACUGCGCCAUAUCGACUGGCGAGCAGGAAACAUCCGCUUGGCGUUUCCGCGACCUGAUCGACCUGUCCAACCCGGACAUCCUUCAGCCUGACAUCCUAAACGUCGGCGGCCUAUCUGAAAUCGUAAGGGUCUAUGAGAUGGCAGUCUCCGACAACAAGGUCAUCAUGCCGCACAGCCCCAACGUCGGCGUCAACUCCGUGGCAAGCCUUCACGCGUACAGCACCGUAACUAACGCAGUGCGCCCCCACGAGUUCUCCGAAGAGUUCACGGGCCCCGCCGAGCGCGUAGCCUCGCUGUUCGUUGACCCGAUCAUCCCGGAGAAUGGCGUAAUCAAAUUGCCAGACCGGCCCGGAUUCGGCUUAGAAUUCGACGAAGCCGAACUUGAAAGGGCAAUAAUCGCGUAA